AUGUCCGAGCUCUACCAGUUUGACCACUUUGACGGCGCUUCCAACUACGGUGCUACCAACUCGGAAUACUCGUACACAGAUUCCACUUCGCGCUCCCCCGAGCUUUCCAACCGCCAGAAACACUCCAAGCACGCCUCCAACUCGCACCGCAAGCAUCUUGAUUCGGAUCUAGACCUCGACUCCAUCAGUGACCUGCAUAUCACAGAGCGCGACCUCGACCCUUCUCGAUCUCAUCUCCACGCUCACCUUGCCCCGCACACCAAGGCCGAUGUCCCCUCGGCUUCGAACCACUCCCAUACGGCCCUUCACGCCGACUUGGCCUCUCUUUCCGAAGCCGGCAUUUCAGACGAAGCAGAUCCUGCGUUGCUGGAAAACCUCCCCGAACAUGCUUGCGCAUACUGUGGUAUCUUCAACCCGGCAUGCGUAGUCAAGUGUCUCACCUGCAACAAGUGGUUCUGCAACUCGCGCGGCUCCACUUCAGGCUCCCACAUUGUCAAUCACCUUGUACGCGCAAAGCACAAGGAGGUAUGCCUCCACGCCGAAUCGCCGCUCGGUGAGACCACCCCGGAAUGCUACAACUGCGGCGCCAAGAACGUCUUUCUUCUCGGCUUUAUCCCGGCCAAAAGCGAGACCGUUGUGGUGCUCCUCUGUCGUCAGCCUUGUGCUGCCAUGUCGAAUUCCAAAGACAUUAUCUGGGACACCACCCAAUGGUCGCCGCUCAUCGAGGACCGUUGCUUCCUCACCUGGCUCGUCAAGGUGCCCUCCGAACAUGAGCAGCUGCGUGCACGCCCCGUCACCUUGCAACAGAUCAACCGUCUCGAAGAGCUCUGGAAGGACAAUGCCAGCGCUAGCCUUGACGAUCUCGACAAGCCGGGCGUCGAGGAGGAACCUGACAGCGUCCUCCUCCGCUACGAGGAUGCGUAUCAGUACCAGAACAUCUUUGGACCCUUGGUCAAGAUGGAGGCCGAUUACGACCGCAAGCUUAAAGAGUCGCAGACGCAGCAAGAUCUCGUCAUCCGUUGGGAUCAGGGCCUCAACCAGAAAAAGAUUGCUUGGAUGAUGCUUCCCAAGCUCGAGAGCGGCGAAGUGCGUCUCGCCGUCGGUGACGAACUCAAGCUCCGCUACCGAGGCGAGAUGGCACCUCCUUGGGAAGGUGUCGGUCACGUCAUCAAGAUCCCUAACCACGUCUCGGACGAGGUGGCGCUCGAGCUCAACAGAGCCGAUGGCGUCCCCGACCACUGCACCCACAAUUUUUUCGCCGACUUUGUAUGGAAAGCUACGUCGUUUGACCGCAUGCAGAACGCCAUGAAAACGUUUGCCGUUGACGAGCAGAGCCUCAGUGCCUACAUCUACCACAAGCUGCUCGGACACGAGAUCGACAAUGCUACGCUGCGAACCACCAUGCCGAAACGCUUCAGUGCGCCUGGCCUGCCCGAACUCAACCACAGCCAAGUUAACGCCGUCAAGAGCGUCCUCCAGAAACCGCUCAGUCUGAUCCAAGGUCCCCCCGGUACCGGAAAGACUGUCACCUCUGCUACGAUCGUCUACCAACUAAGCAAGAUGAAUCCCGGUCCCGUUCUGGUCUGUGCACCCUCCAACGUUGCCGUCGAUCAGCUCACCGAAAAAAUUCAUCUGACCGGUCUCAAGGUGGUGCGUCUCACCGCCAAGAGUCGAGAGGCGCUCGACGGCCCCAUCAGCUUCCUCACACUUCAUGAGCAGGUAGCCAACAACGACACCAACAUCGAGCUGCAGAAGCUUAUUCAGCUCAAGAACGAGCAGGGCGAACUUAGCAGCAGUGACGAGCGCAAAUACAAGGCGCUCACGCGUGCCUGCGAAAAAGAGAUCCUCAGCACUGCCGACGUCAUCUGUUGCACCUGCGUCGGAUGCGGCGACCCUCGUCUGUCCAAAAUCAAAUUUCGCACCGUGCUGGUCGACGAGGCUACGCAGGCAGCUGAACCAGAGUGCAUGAUUCCACUGGUGAUGGGUUGCAAGCAGGUCGUGUUUGUCGGAGACCAUCUUCAGCUUGGCCCCGUCAUCAUGAACAAGAAGGUGGCUCGCGCUGGCGCCAGCCAGAGUCUGUUUGAGCGUCUCAUCAUGCUCGGUAACCGACCGAUUCGACUGCAGGUGCAGUAUCGCAUGCAUCCUUGUCUAUCCGAAUUCCCUUCCAACAUGUUCUACGAAGGCACGCUGCAGAACGGUGUCACGGCGCCCGAACGUCUGCGCAAGGACGUUGACUUUCCCUGGCCCGUGCCUUCGCUUCCCAUGCUCUUCUUCCAAAACCUAGGUCAAGAGGAGAUCUCGAGCAGCGGUACCUCGUUCUUGAAUCGCACCGAGGCAGCCAACGUGGAAAAGAUCGUUACGCGCUUCUUCAAGGCUGGUGUCAAGCCGUCGCAGAUCGGCAUCGUGACGCCGUACGAGGGCCAGCGAAGCUACAUUGUGAAUCACAUGCAGCUGCACGGCUCGCUCAAAAAGGAGCUCUACAAGGAUGUCGAAGUGGCCAGCGUGGAUGCGUUCCAAGGCCGAGAAAAGGAUUACAUUAUCCUGAGCUGCGUGCGUAGCAACGAGCACCAAGGCAUCGGAUUCUUGAGCGAUCCACGACGACUCAAUGUGGCGCUUACGCGUGCUCGAUUCGGUCUCGUGAUCUUGGGUAAUCCCAAGGUGCUCAACAAGCAUCCUCUGUGGCACUAUCUGCUGGUGCAUUACAAGGAAAAGGGAUGUCUGGUCGAGGGAGUGCUCUCGAACCUGCAGCCGAGUAUGAUGCAAUUCCCCAAACCACGACGACCUCUGCAAAAGCCAGGCGAUCUUAUGGCACGGCAUCGCCACGAUAUGGUCGGAGUCGAUGGCUAUGGUGCGUCGCGCGGCGGCCGCUUCGCCGAUGCAGGUGGUAAGGGAGGGGCGAAUCAGCCGGGCUUCUUCCGCACGCACGAUGCCAUGUCGUACAUCCCGAGUGACGCGCAGAGUGUAACGAGUCUGGGCACGCAAGCGACGUAUCCGUCGGCGCACCUGUCGGUGAGCGGCUUGCAUGGCGCAUAUGCUAGCAGCAUCGUGAGCCAAGACGUGGAUACCGAGAGCUUGGCGGGCAGCACCGCACCACCGGUCAGUAUCACGUACAGCCAGAGCGACCGUCUGCACCGUCGGCUGAGCCUGAGCAGCAUGAGCGGCGCUUCGGACGCGACGAGCAUCGACAACUACAAGGGCGACGGCAGCUACGUGGGAGCGCAUGACGAUGAUGCAGGCUCGACGUUCUCGGCUGCCAUCUCUCAGUCUUCAUUUACGACGUUUUGA